ACAUGCUAGAGGAGUUCCGUGUAUCUAAGUCCAGAGGGGUGAGGAAAGUGGUUGGAUCUGAACCUGAUUCAGUGGCCUACCGUGUGAACCCUGCCAUCCACCUACGCAAAACCAUGAGCGAUGUGUACCCCGAUGGCCUGCCCUCCGACUACUCCGUCAUUGCCACAUUUAAGGUGACGAAGGACACCGCCAAGAGGUCCUGGAACUUGUGGCAGGUCAGCGACCCCGAUGGACGUGAACAGGUGGGCCUCCGUUUUCAGGGUGAUACACGCUCUCUGGACUUCUUCUACACCAGCCCCCAUGGCACCCAGAUGCUACGCACCUUCCACCGGGUGGACAAGCUGUUUGAUGGAGAGUGGCACAAGCUGGCGCUGCAGGUCAAGGCCGAUAAGGUCAAGUUGCUGGUGGACUGCGAGGAGGUGAGCGUGGAGCCCAUCGGUGAUCCUAGACCCGUCAUCCGCCAGGGUUACACCUCUAUCGUGAAGAGGGCUGUGGGAGAUCGCUCCGCCUCAGUAGACCUCCAGCAGAUGGAUGUGUCCUGUGAUCCAGAGAAGGCCUACUCAGAAGGCUGCUGUGAGCUCUCCAGUGUGUGUGGCGGGCAUGCUGAGAUUGGCCUGACAGCAGGAAGGGCCACCUGUAAGUGUAUGCACGGACAGCCUGGCAACCAGGGACCCCCAGGACCGAAGGGUCAUAGAGGUCUCCCAGGCAACACAGGAGAGCCAGGAAGACUAGGCAACUGGGGAGGUAUGGGACAGACAGGUGACUAUGGCCACAUUGGAGAGCCAGGCCCUAAGGGCAUCGCAGGAAUCAGCGGGAACAAGGGGAUGAGAGGACUUCACGGCCUUGAUGGCGACAGAGGUCCCAAAGGUCUGAAGGGAUUAGAUGGCGCCGGGGGCUUCAAGGGAACUCAGGGGUCACCUGGAGAGCUGGGUGAGACCGGAGUACAAGGAGAAACGGGUGAUCCAGGUCCACUUGGAUAUGAAGGAAUUCCAGGAUAUACAGGAGUGAAGGGAGAAGAAGGGGCCUCCGGUGUUGAAGGACCUCCUGGGCCACAGGGAAAGCAGGGUGUUGUAGGUGAUCCUGGAGAGUCAGGAGUUGCUGGGGAAAAGGGAAAACCUGGAACCCAAGGAUCAAAAGGAAGAUAUGGCACCAUUGGACAAAAGGGCAUUAUAGGAGAUCCUGGUUUGCCCGGGAGAGAUGGGGACAUGGGAAUAGAGGCUUACCAAGGACCCCAGGGCCCCGAGGGCAGAAACGGACAAUUCGGAAUAAUGGGAGAGAAAGGAAUGCUGGGGCCGGCAGGGGAGAUGGGGCCUCAAGGCCAAACGGGCCCCAGAGGUUAUAAAGGAUCAGCAGCAAAGCCAGGAAGACCCGGAUUUAUUGGACCCCCAGGACCUGUCGGGCAUGUGGGAGUAGCUGGCCGGCCAGGCCCCAAGGGAGAUAUAGGCAUUGAAGGGAUCCAAGGUGUCAAUGGUGAAAUGGGAGAAAAAGGAGAAAAGGGCCCCAAAGGCGAGGUUGGAGACGCGGGUGCACAGGGUCCCCACGGUGGUCGGGGGAAGCGUGGGCCAGGGGGCGAGCCUGGACGCACAGGCCCAGUCGGAACAAAGGGGGUCCGUGGCGAUGGAGGACCAGUUGGAUUUCAGGGGCCGCCAGGGCCACCGGGCCCAACCCUCUCCGCACAACACGUGAUUGAGGUCUGCAAGAGAGUGGUGCUGGAACAGAUGUCCACCUUUGCCAACUCGGUGAAGAGGACGUGUGCCGCCGUGUGCCCACUCUAUGGAGACGUCCCUUUGGGUGCCCCCGGUCCCUCUGGACAAAAGGGACCCCCGGGACCUCCAGGUGGUGAUGGUAUUGCCGGUGUGAAUGGAGAGAUCGGACAACCAGGAUUCUAUGGGGAGGUAGGAGACGCAGGCCAACAAGGACAGCCAGGGGAUCAAGGAGAUCAAGGAGAUAAGGGAGCAGAGGGCCAUGGCCUACCUGGCUACAUCGGGGACCAGGGACCAAAGGGCCAACGUGGAAGACCUGGCAGAGCCUUCAAUGGCACACCAGGACAAGAGGGCGAGAGAGGCCAUGUAGGCCGGCCUGGACUGAGAGGUCACCCAGGACUACGAGGAGUCCCAGGCGUGUGUCAGACCACUGGGUGCGCUCUGCUAAACAACAACACAACCAACGGAUCACCUCAGAAUGCACCCCAGAGGUUGAGAAGACACCCAUAGAGGCAAAGAGGACAUUUUUGACCAAGCUGCAUGGAUGUAAUAAUAAAGGGAGAGAGGAGGAGAGGGGGAGAGGUGGAUUAGGGAGAUGUGGAUUAGGGAGAGAGAAGAUAAAUGUAUUCAAAUCAAAGUCUAAAUAAAUGCUUCAAUGUAAAUAUGCAUCCUAUCUCCACCCUGAAUGACUGAGAUAUCCAUUUUACUUUCUCAAAUAAAUCUGUUGUAGAAACUUGUACUGUUGGCCUUAAAACAACACUCCAUUCUCAUGGUUCAUUUGAAAAAGACACCAAUAGCUACGGUAUUAUUUUUGUUAAAAAUUAUGAAAGUUUAUUUGACACAUUUUAUUGAAACUGAUCCUAGUUGUCUUCAAAUAUCACUGUUCUUUAUAAUAAAAGUCCAAAAACGAUU